UCGCAUCUAAACCCUUCCCACCGAUCACUCGCCGCCGCCGCCGCCACCGGUAUCUCACUCGCCUCCCCCUCAUCCCCUCCUUCCCUCCUCGAAUCGAACGCUUCCGGUGUCCGGAUUCCCUGAUCGGUUGUGCUGGCAGGACGCAGCCGCCGCCGCCGCCGCCGCGAUGCUGUCCCUGUCGAGGGCGCUCGGGAGGCGCCUCUUCUCUUCCGCUGCCGCGGCGUCCGAGUCCGCCGCGGCCGCGUCGACGUCAGCGGUGAGGAAGGCGCAGAACCCGCUCGAGGAGUUCUUCGAGGUCGAGCGGAGCACCGAGGAGGACAAGCCCCCUCCCCACUACGGUCGUAGUUGGAAGGCUUCUGAACUGCGUCUAAAAUCUUGGGAUGAUCUUCAGAAGCUUUGGUAUGUUCUUCUGAAGGAAAAGAAUAUGCUUAUGACUCAGCGACAGAUGCUGUAUGCAGAGAACUUGCGUUUUCCAAAUCCAGAGCGUAUUUCCAAGGUGAAGAAAUCAAUGUGCCGGAUAAAGCAUGUCUUGACUGAGAGGGCCAUAGCUGAGCCUGACCCAAGAAGGUCCGCAGAAAUGAAGCGGAUGAUCAACACCCUCUAAUUCACUCAUACGCUUCCUGUGGGACUAAGGUUGAGAGGAUAAGUAGCACUUAGAAAGAGUUGUGUUGUAUGUUUGUCCCAGGAGACGUGUAAGACCAAUCCUUUUUUUUAUGUCCAUGGUAUACUUGCAACAUGCUUUGUUGACAUUAGCAUCUCGGUUCCAAUAAUUGAGCUUUCUUGUAAUGUGAUAUGCAUGUUUGUGCCUCAUUUUGUCUGUCAAUUCAACUGCUCUUUCAAGCCA